UGGGGGCCAUUUUCUUUCAAACCACUACAGCUCUCAAAGGCCAACUUCUCACCUCGACCUUCUUUCAAUAGCGCUUCUUAACCAGGACAGGAAUGACCAAAUCAAGGAUAAAGCCAGAGGAGAAGAGACCAUAAUCUCACAGCAAAGAGCAAAGCUGAAGAAAUAAGUGAGCUACUUCAGAGUGCAACUAAAAGGAUGCUGCAGCAGGUGCUGCCUGUGGGACUCGGGUGAUGAUGCCUGAUGGAGAUGAGAAAGCCUUUAAACGUUUGCCUUCCUGAAACACAUCCUCAUUGCAUCUCCCAGACGUGCCCAGCUGGUGUUUAUACUCCACAGUAACAAAUCAGGCGGCAGCGGAGAUGGCAACCUUGCUGGAAACGCGCGGGGGGAGCCUGAGCCGGCAGCCGGAGACGCACUGCUUGGCGUGCUCCAUCGCCCCGCCGCCUCGCAGACCCUCCAUCUUCUUGCUCAGUUCCGGGCCAGGCUCUCCCCUGACCCCGGGGUGGGGUGGGGGGCGGCUCCCGCUUCUCCCGGGGCUCCAGGUCGUUCCCCACCCCCUGCCCUCCGCGACUCAACUGCCUGGGUCCCCCCCUCCCCCGCCACACACUCACACGCGCCCGCGAGCACACACGCACGCACACACACACACUCACACGCCAGCAGGCUGCUGGCCGCUCAAUGGACCGAUUUCCCCGGUUUCCCUGAAUCCUGCCUAGCCCGGGAUGAGAAAUUGCAAAAUGGCCCGAGUCGCCAGUGUGCUAGGGCUGGUCAUGCUCAGCGUGGCCCUGCUGAUUUUAUCGCUUAUCAGCUACGUGUCCCUGAAAAAGGAGAACAUCUUCACCACUCCCAAGUACGCCAACCCGGGGGCGCCCCGAAUGUACAUGUUCCACGCGGGAUUCCGGUCACAGUUUGCGCUGAAGUUUCUAGACCCGUCAUUUGUGCCCAUUACGAAUUCUCUCACCCAUGAACUCCAAGAGAAACCUUCUAAAUGGACAUUUAAUCGGACAGCGUUUUUACAUCAAAGGCAAGAAAUCCUUCAGCAUGUCGAUGUAAUAAAAAAUUUUUCUUUGACCAAGAAUAGUGUUCGGAUUGGACAACUGAUGCAUUAUGAUUAUUCCAGUCACAAAUAUGUUUUCUCCAUUAGCAAUAACUUCCGCUCACUGCUCCCAGAUGUGUCACCCAUUAUGAAUAAGCGUUAUAAUGUUUGUGCUGUGGUUGGAAACAGUGGAAUCUUGACAGGGAGUCAGUGUGGGCAAGAAAUAGAUAAAUCAGAUUUUGUUUUUCGAUGCAAUUUUGCCCCUACGGAAGCUUUCCAAAAGGAUGUUGGGAGGAAAACCAACCUUACAACCUUCAACCCCAGCAUCCUGGAAAAAUACUACAACAAUCUUCUAACCAUUCAGGACCGUAACAACUUCUUCCUCAGUUUAAAAAAGCUUGAUGGGGCCAUUCUUUGGAUCCCAGCAUUUUUCUUCCACACUUCUGCAACCGUAACCAGAACGUUAGUUGACUUUUUCGUUGAACACAGAGGUCAGUUAAAGGUCCAAUUGGCUUGGCCUGGAAAUAUCAUGCAACAUGUCAACAGGUACUGGAAAAACAAACACUUGUCACCCAAACGACUGAGCACAGGUAUUCUUAUGUACACUCUUGCAUCUGCAGUCUGUGAAGAGAUCCACUUGUAUGGAUUCUGGCCUUUUGGAUUUGACCCCAACACAAGGGAGGAUCUUCCAUACCAUUACUAUGACAAAAAAGGAACCAAAUUUACCACCAAGUGGCAGGAGUCUCACCAGCUGCCUGCUGAGUUUCAGCUGCUGUAUCGAAUGCAUGGCGAAGGGCUCACCAAGCUUACUCUGUCACACUGUGCCUAAGAACUCCUAACGGAAAGUGCCAAAUGGCUGUUUCAAAAGUGCCCCCAGACCAAAUUGAAUAGUCUCCAGAAUAAAACCCCAAAGACAAUCUGGCAAAGCUUGUCUGCCACGUACACAGAAGAAUGGCUUCUUUUCUGCACCUCUCUUUGAAUGGUCUUAACAGACUCAGAACAGGUGCGUUGAAGCCACAUGAGUUAGACUUGAUGGGUAAAGGUAAUACUGCAUUGGGAAUUAUGCUGCACAGAGAAUGGCUUGAAAUAGUUCCACGAUUGUAUUUUAAUAAUAAACUGACUCCCAUGCGGAUUAGCUACUGCCAUCUCAUCCAUGGCUGCCGUCUCCUCAGCCCUACACUGAUACAGUCCUCAUAAUCAGAGAGCUCUGACCAGCAGGAUUUCUUCUGCCAGGGGGAUCAGUCUUCAAAAUCAAAAAUCUUGUUUGCAGAUUACAUAUGCUCUCUCUCUCUCUCUCUCUCUCUCUCUCUCUCUCUCUCUCUCUCUCUCUCUCUCUCACACACACACACACACACACACACACACACACACACAUACACACACACCCUGUUCCUGUUGUCCUACUACCAUUGAAUUUAAUAAUUUGUUAGGAAUAGUUCUGCAUUAGCUUUGCUUGUAUGUGCUUGCAUUUAUACUUGAUGUGUUCAAGGCUCUGGGUAACUUGGGUGUUUCAAGAAAAGCUGAACAAAUUAUGAUGACUUCCUUCAUGAUGAAUUCUAUAAGAAAUGACCCAUAUCAAGUCUUCACUUGUCCAUGACAUUAUUCUACAGCAGGGUGAUCUAUCUGGUUAGAGUGGCGUGUGCUACAGACUCUUUUUCUGUCACAAGGAAAACCUAUGCUGUGGUGGCAUUGCAUCUGUUGGCUUGAGUGCAAUUGUGGCAGAUCCUACAAAGGCCUUCUAGCAUAGGCCUUUCCACUAUCUUAGUUCAAGCGCUGGGAUGGGCACUCUUUCAGAACAUAGAGGCAGUGAGUUGAUUUAAAAGCCUGGGGAAUAUGAAGAAUAGAGAAGAAGUUAUAUGCUCUAUAAAGUGUUGUGACCUUUUGAAAAGCAUUGUAGAGCUUUGGCUAGGCUGACCCCCUGUGUGACUAAUGUUAGCAUUAGUCAGGUCAGGUCCUUUCAGUGACAUCCCUACCAACAACCAUCUAGACCUGCUUGUUUUCUUUGAGACAGUUAUAGAUACUAUUCUGUUUCCACUGAAAUAGAGUCUGCAUGCCUACACAUUGGGCAUUUCAAAAGGAAAAGCCAUUAUGCAGGGGCAAGACUUGGUUCUAAAUAACCUUUGGAAUUUGAGAUCAGUUGGCCAUUGUUCCCAUUAUUUCAGCUGUAUCAGUAGAAAUGGCAUUUCUCCCGUCCCAGGCUUUUACACUGAGCAGCACUUUGCUCUUUCAAUUCAACCCCAAGUCUGGCCAAGUUGAUGUUAAAUUUUAAUAAGAGUUUCUUUCCUCUUUCCAAGUGCCUGUGGAGCACAUUUGUUAUAUGUUCCAGUGGGGCACCUCGUUCUUUUCCAGAAAUCUCAUUUAGAUUGCUUACAGUGUUGUAAAUACUUUUGAAAAUCUUUGCUAUAAUUCGGUCAUCAGUGCACUGCCCCUCGUUGGAAAGAAACAAUCAUGCCUAAAAAGAAGUGCAAUAAGGAGACACACAGUCCUUAGUCUUGUGUACUACCUGGUCCUGAAGGUGCAUUGUUCUUCGGGAGAAGCUAAAUCAGACCCAGAUACAAUCUAGUGAAAGAAAACUAUUUGAAUCCAAACACAGUACCAACCAUGGCACAUCUUACAUGCUAUGAAUGUCAAUCAUUCAACUAGAUGAGAGGAAAUAGGGGUAACUAUUUCAAAUUAAGAAGCAUUAACUAUACACAGAAUAAUAAGAAAGUUAAAAUUAUAAGCUAUUUUUUUAAAAAAAUCUUUACUUCAAUGAUAAUUUCAUGGGCAUGAAAAAAUAACAUGACUGUGUCCUGUCACUUUUAAACCACACCAUGGCUGUAUGUUGUCACUUUAAAGAGCUUGGGACACCAUGCGGCUACUCUCCAGCCAUGAUGGGUUUGGGUCAUGGAGAGACUGAUUACUGACAGAAUUACAUCCACUGUCAUCAGGAUUGAAAAGCUAUUCCUGAGUAUUUAGUUCAUUUGGUUGCAGCCCAGGGAUACUAAUGCUAAGAUUAUCCAGAUGCAGUUCUGACUCCAGAAGUCUAAUCUCAACCUGCCCAUUAGGUCUUUGCACUAGAUAAAAUGGAAGUACCAAAAGACCAGAAAAUUCUCAAAGCUAGUUAAUCAUUGCAAGAUAGUCUAUCUAAAUUUAAUCUCAUCAGAAUGUUGUGGGGUAAGACUUCCUAAGUCUUAGCACAGCCUUGCUCCCAAACUUUACACUGAGAAGCCCUUUCUGCCUUCUACUGUCACCUCCACUAUAGAGUGACUAGGAGUUCAAAAUAGAGGGAAAUGGAUUUCUCCUCAUAACCAGAAGGGCUUGGAGGCUAGUUCACCCCUGCCUCUAGGAAGGAUGUCUAGAGCUGAUCCCCGUACUCUGUUUAUAACAACAGCAGCAAUAAUAAAUUAUCUGGAAAAGAUUCCAAUUUAACCACAAAUUUACACUUUUAAAAAUUCCUUUACAAUGUAGAUCCCUCCUAUUAUAGAAACCUUAGGUACAAAUGUUGGCAAAAUAUUUAUUACAGUUUUUACCAUAUAGUGAAGGCCUUUCUGGCUAUUUUUUACCAUUAGUCAUACCCUUGACCUGCUGCUCCAAUGGUUUGGAAAUGCAGCCAUCAUCUGAUUAUACAAAACCUUUCUGUUUUCCAAGAUUAUUUCAGACUGUAAACCUAUAUAACAGUUGUCAUGAUGGAAAGGCAUCCUUAUCAGAAAGGCAGUCAGCACGAGUCAGCUUUCUCACAGUCCCCAGGCUUAUAUAUAGACUCAAGUACAGUGGGCUGAGCAGAGAGGUCAUUGGUCUUCCUGUCUACACAGCUAUAUAUUCAUACCCCUGUCCUCCUGUGUUGACCUCACUUUGUUGGGUCUGGUUAGUAUAUUCUUUUGAUAGGAACAUUCUAAUUUUUGACUACUUAAAACAGAGUAUACCAACAGCUAUGUGAAUAAAUUUCACCAUAAAGCCCCUAAGGAUGUCUGAAAUGACUAACUAAAUUGCAGAGGAGAAAAGGAAAUCCUCAAAACCUUUCCAGCCUGCUCAUUGCUAGGCCUUUGGUUUCAUUUAUUGUUUUGAGUGUCAUGUGGAAACUGGUUUUCAUGACUUCCUCCCACACCUAUAUAUUUUGGCUUUGUAUGUGAGUAUAUGGAGCUGGGGAUAAAACCCAGGACCUUGCACACGAUAGACAAAUAUUCUACCAUUGGUCUGCAUUUGUAGACUGUGUUCUUGUGCUAAGCAACUUUAACCAUUAUAAAAUGCAGUGUGUUUCAUAGUUCUGUGUGUCCAAGAAUGAUGAAUAUGACCAUUGUACCAUCUGUCUCUGACCUGAAUGUCAGACACCUGACCAUGGACUAUAGCAAGGAUGUGUAAAGGAAGACCCCACUCACUCACCCGGCCUCCUGGUGCCAAGGCUAUCAGUACUGAGGAAUGUGAGUGCCCAGACAAACCGAUGUUCCAGGGAAUUCUGUGAGUAUAAGUACAUGCUCUCUAACUUCAGGCAAGGCCCAGACCCUCAGACAAUAACUCAAGGGCCCCAUGCAAGCAGGAGUAAUAUAGAGGAAGCUUUGAGCUUCCCUAGCCCUUCUUAACUUGGUAAAUUUGAAAGUUGAGAUGCAGAGACACUAAGUGAUUUUUCCCAAAAUUUGCAUAGAUAAUUAUUGGAGAAAUUAUAAUUUUACAUCUUAACCUUACCAGUAUUGGAGAUAAACUCAAAGGAAAACAUUUUGGGUCUAGAAUCUUUGGAAUACAAACAGAAUGGAGAAGGGCAGUAAGGGAGUAAGGGGAAAAGAUUCCUAAAUGUAUCUGCCCAGGUACACAGCAACAGAGGAGAUACUUGGUCAGUAUACAGCAGCCUGCUGAAAAUCAUCCACUCUCCCUUAAAGUGAGAGAAAAACCACUUUUUACAUCAUUGUCUGAUAAACCCCAGUUCAGUUAUUGAUGGUAUAUAGCUGACAGCUGAAAUCGUACCUGAUAAUAAAUCCAUCUUAAUAAAAUCUUGUUUUAAUAAUCUGUAUGCAUGAUUAAUAAGUUGAAGGUCUGACUGACUGUGUAUUUUUCCUUGUAUAUAACUUUCAUCAGGGACUCCUUGAGUUAAGAAAUGUUUUCCAUGUUGUAAGUCAUUUCAACAACAGACUUUGAAUUACUGUAUUCGUUUAAUUCACGAAGAUUUACAAAGAGCAGUGAAUAACUUCGGUGGUUCUUCACUCCUUUCAAAUGACAUUCUGAGAACUUUUCUGUAUAGUUCUGGGUCCUUAAAGCCUUCUUUCUCAUAACUGUUUGAAUGCAUCAGGCAAACAUUUGCUUAGCUUCUCCUACUUCCCAGAUGUGUAUAACUGACCUUUUCACUGCAAAGUCAAGGCUGUGUGUGUGUGGUUGAAGAGCUCUGAUGAGACACUAUGGGUGCUGAGAAUAGAGGGCAUCUUGGCUAGGCUGGCUAGGCCACUUUAUCUGUGGACCAUUUAAUCGAGGCCACUGAUGAGUUGAUACAAAGGACCAAAAUGACUAAUCCUGCCUCUCUCACAAUCUUGACUGCUUUGCCACAAAAAUAUAACAUUUCAAAUGGGAAAUGUUUGAGAAUGUUAUUAUUUGCGAUGUAAUAUUUCUGAAUGUUUACUUUUAUUGUGAUGCUUUGUUAAAGAUGUGUGUGAUUGAAUAGAUGUUUUAAUCCUUGAAGAAGCUCUGUCUCUUAUUGUCAGUAGAAUCAGUGAAGAGUCUGCUGCUGAGUAACUGACUCUAGUUUCAGGUAACAGUGGGUGCUGGGAUUAGGACCUGGUGGGUGCCAACGAUGUAUCAGCAAAAAUGCACAUAUUGAAGACCAUGUUGAGAUAGAAUACUUGCCCCUCCAUCAAUAUUUCAAAUGAUUAUAUCCUGAGAUACGUCCAACCUAAAAAAAAUCCCUAAUUGGUUCUGAUAUGACAUAUGGAAACUAAUAGUGUAUUUCACAGUCAACUAUACUUACAUGACUUUGACCAGAGCAGUUGAAUGCUCAUCAUCCCUGGUAUAAUUAGUAUCAAAUAUUCCUCAAAGUUACUGCGGCACAAAGUCUUAGUGAUUCGGCUGUCCACUUCUAACCAAACUGGCAAAGUGAGGAGCUUUAGUGUACUUUACCCCAAGGCUAGUUCUUUGUAUUUCACUAUGUUUCAAAUAAAGAGGCAAAUCUCGGCUCAUUCAUCUUUAUAAAUGGAUAAACCAAGAAACGGAGAAGUUUAAUGAUUCAUUCAGAUUCAAUUUGGGAUUCAUUCCCAGAGGCUAAUAUAUUCCACAGGUGGUCUGAUUUCACAACCUCUGAACAAUUCCUCAAACAGAGGAAUUCCUCCGAUGCUAUGAUAUUUGAGCUAAAAAGAAACUAGCCCCCAAACAGAAAUGUGUAGAGCUAAAAAUCUAAGACCAAAGCAUGUAAGCAAGGUGUUCAGUUGUUACUGGCUGUUGUGUUCUAGCCCCUGUUGGAUAAGGAGCCACCAUCCUUUUGAAGUUUCAAGUCAUGCUUCUCUCUUUACUGUGCACAUGAAAAAUCCUUGAUCACCACAGGUACCCAAGGGCACCUUUGACUUCCAUCUGUGGGGUUGAGAAAAUACUUUUAUCUCUGCUGUGCAGCUAGAUGUUUAACAACUGCUCUGGUAAACCAGUACUUACAAGUUUCCAUGUGUAUGUAACCUCAUCAGAUCCAACUUCAAGCUACUCACAAUGUCAGCCAGCUCAAAUAUGCCAAGGCUCCCAGGAGCCAGAAUGAACUGGCUUUGACAUAUGAGCUGGAUACAGCACAGCACUGCCUGAACAAUUCUCAAUUAGUGAGUACCAGCAAGAAGCCACUAGCAGCGACUUUGGGGGAUGUUCAAAUGCCCCUAUUAACAAGACAGCAAAUCUACCUUGGUCAGUUCACUAAUUCCUAUUUUUUAAAAAAAAGAGCAUGCUGUUAUGCCCUUUAGGUUAAGGUCCUAACAUGUCCAAGUAUUUCUUAGCUAUGUGAUGAGGAGAGUCUCUCAACAGGUCCUCAACAUAGGAGACUGUCAGUCAUGUCAAGUGGUGACCUUCUAGGUAAAGAUUCUCUAGUUUAAUUGCCAGUUAAACCACAUUUGGAUGAGUUUUUGCUUGUCCACUUGUCGUCCUUCUGACAACACAAAAUUCACAGGCAUUCAUCAAGCUGCAAAGAAACAGACAAACAAGAUGCCAUUCAGCUUAUCUAGCUCUAUACACCUGUAAAAGAACCCUGGCUCAUAGUCUGCAUCCCAGCAAGGGAUGCUCAACCUCACGUCUGGAACGUGCAUAAGUAAAUAGCUGAACAUUUCUUAAAGACUGAGUUGUGAUGAUUGAAAGAUAUCACGGCAUUAGAAGACCUCUGCACAACUUCAGAGUCCAAGCAGUCGAAAUUGGCAAAGCAAGGCGCUGUGUGCUGCUCACCCCACAGCUUAGCUAGUUAUAAGUUUAGCUUCUGAAGAAAAAUUCUACCAAGCAAUUUGCUCUGUGGUUCUGGGGCACUGAGUAGCUGUCCCUCCACACCGUUCACUAGGAAUGCACUCCCAACUGAGGCUCUAUAAGUCAAACACAAUGAUGAGACAGAGAAUACACUUGAUUUUGGAAGUGAGAGUUUCUCUGGUGGGAAUCAUUGUUGGGUGGGUUUAAUUAAAUUCUUUGAAAGGGGAUGAUGGGAGAAAACGUCCUCAAUUCCUCAGGCAGUGAAUGGCAAUAGAUUUUCAUUCUGUGUGGAGUGAAUCGAAGAUCACAAAGGACCAAAUCUACUUUCUUCACCUAAAAUAUCCACUAGGUCCUGUAAGGUAGUUCUACACAUGAAACUCAUGUUGGACAUUUUCUACAUUUUGUUUAAAAGACCAAAGGGUACCUAUAUAUAGACACCCACUAUACAGUGUACCCACUACAUAAGCACGAGGUUGAUGUCUAAUUCACAGAGGUCCACCUGCUCUGUCUCCUGAGUCACACCACUCUGGGCACUGUUUUCUGUUUUCCUUAGUCAUUGUUGAAAUGAGCUUCUUUCUUUAUACUGAACAAGCUACAUUUUGUUUCAAAUGAGUCAAGUAUGUAUUCUAGGGUUUUUCAGUCCUCCUAACAAACUGCUUGUUACUGUAACAAUUGCCUUUACCCUCUGUCUCUUUCUGACCAGAGGUGAAGUCCAUAGCUACAGUCACAAGAGAUUUGACCAGGAAACUCCAUUUUAUUAUGAACACACUCACUGCUACACAGCCUCUCCCUUGUUGGAUAGGAAGGUGGAGGAGAACAGUAGGUAGACAAUGGGAGAGAGGUUUCGACAAGAACAGGUUGAAUAUAAUCACUGAGACACUUACAAAAGGUCAAUAGUUUUCUCUGUGAAAUGUGGAAUUUUUGUCAGACCCCUUAUGAGAAAUGAUGUUGAACCUCAUUUCAAGAUGUAGGGCUAAGCACAGUCCUGCAAUCAAGAGCCCUAGGAGAAUAUACAGACGAACUGAAUUGUCUCACUAGAACUAAGUCCACUCCAGUGGAGUUUAUGACCAGCUGAGGUAGAAUCUUCAAGCAACAGUAAUGAAAUCCUCCCAGGACCUGGGAGAGUGGUUUUCAACCUUCCUAAUGCUGUGACCCUUUAAUACAGUUCCUCAUGUUGUGCUGACUCCAACCAUACAAUUAUUUCAUUGUUACUUCAUAACUAUAAUUUUGCUACUGUUAUGAAUCAUAAUGUAAAUAUCUGAUAUGCAGGAUAUCUCAUAUCUGAGAUAGGGCCAUUCAACCCCGAAAGGGGUUGUGACCCACAGCUGAGAAUCACUGAUCUAGGACAAACAAAUCUAAGCAUCACAAUGCAAGACCAUCUACUCAAAUGGGUUGGUUACUUAAUACCACAGCAAGGCUUCACGAGUCUACACCAUUUCUGUUUCAAAUGUAGGUCAGCAUUCUUAAUGCUGAGGUUCAGAAGUGCUAUCUCUACCCAGCUAGAAUUAAAACCACAGAUUUCAUGCUUUGCUCAGAAAUCUGGACACUCAACUGUAAAAACAUGAAUUGGAAGUAAAGUCAGAGGAACAUAUGACAGUUUCUCACAUUUAACUUACUUUGUUUUCACCUUUAAUUUCUGUACCGUUUUAAAGAAUGGGAAGAAUGAGUAGAACAAAGCUCUUUAUAUUGCAAUGAUAAAACUAAAAGGUUAAAAUGUGAGGGAGUGAUGACUGUGAGUUAUUAAAGAAAUGAGCAGCAUGAACAUGUCAGGUGAAAACCAAUGCCUCUUGUUAUUACCAUGGCAACCGCUCCCCCACCCUUGUAGAUGCAUUUAUUUUGGGAAAUGCCAUUGCAUGCGGAUAGACUUUACCCCUGCUCGACAACAGUGGAGGUUUUGUGGUCUCCAGAAGAAAUGGGGGCCUUUACCAUCAGAGUCACACCUGUCUUGUGACAAACAACUUUGCCUGCCCUUGGGAAGAAGCUGCUAGAGAGUGAAGACUACAGAGACCUAGAAGAAACCAGUGCUGCUGGGCUGAGUGCCAUGUAAAUAUCUCCUGCCUUCUGGGUGAACAAGAGUGAUCACCUUUCACAGAGAUACCUGUGUGUGUGUGUGUUUGUGUGUGUGUGUGUGUGUGUGUGUGUGUGUUGUGACUGUAGUUUGUGAAGAAAAUACAAAGGUUUGCUUUGACAGCUUCCAAAAUUAUCUGUUAAGUAUGAAUGUGCCUUGUUGCCUCAUGUGCCAAACACAGCACUGGAUGCAUUGUUUUUAAAUAAACUUUUAUUGUGCAUUGGAAAA